CAGACACAGGUCGUUGUCACUGCCUGUCACUUGAUUACCCAAGGAGAGUCGCCCAGGAAGUUGUAAAAACGACACCCCAUCCGGACUUCGGAUAAACACCCCUUCCGGCUCGGCAGCCUUAUCGUUAUCGCGCGCCACGGUUUGUCGAGAAAUCAAAUGCAACAUCAUCCUGCAGCAGAUUCGGUCGUCGAGCAUUUCCUGUGCCACCUGUGCGCUCGCUUCCUAAUCCCGCCGCAGCUCUCCGUUUGACUAUCUCUGCAUAAAUUCGAGGCCUUUUCGCACCGUGAAGGGCGCGCCAAUUCAUAUUUUCUUCCUUCAGGAGAGCCUUGUCCUGCACCUUGAUACGCAUUGUCUGGGAAUCCGCAACACUCGGUUACGAGCAUACCCUCUCAUACAUUUCACGGCAGCGUGUCCACAAUAACGGGAGCUGAGCUGUUGUGCAAUUGCAAACUGCAUUUGACCUCAAAUUCUUCAUCUGUCUCAUAUUGUGCGAGGAACUCGGGUUUGCGAUCACCAGUUCAAUCAAGAUGCCUUCAGUCUCCUUUGCGACUUUCCUCAUCAUCUGCCCUGUCUCCUUCUUCCUGGGCAUCCUCUUCUCUCUCUUCCCCUACGACUACCCACUUCUGUGGUCCUCACUGCCAACACCACCCUCUCACUUUGACGCCAUCGAAGCGCACCUAAAACUUCUCCACAAUGCGCCGAAUCUGAUUGUGCGGAUUCUACAUAUGAUGCUCGGAGUUGGCAUCUUGGGUCUUAUCAUCAAACUGUACAAGCCUAGUGAAUCGAACAUGCUGUUUGACGGCGGCAGUUUGGUGUUGUACAUGGUUGCGGUGAUUGUGUAUAUCGCGAACAUCGUCAAGGGACUGAGGAUUGUGAACGAGGGCAUCUAUGGAUUGGGCGUGGAAAAAUUGACGCAGGAUGAGCUGGACGACAUCAAUUCGCGUGGAUAUGAUGUUAACAGUGGCGACAGUGUGCUUGGGCGUGAGGACAACCUGAAGGUGUUGGCUGCCAGCAAUACCAUCCUAGCGCUAGUGCUGGUCGGUGUGUUGGUGUUGCAGUUCGGCCAAUGGUAUGCGGACCGGACGGAUGAAAAUGCUCUGAAAGAGUUCGAGGCGAAGGAGAAGGCGGAACGAGAGAGGAAAGAAAACGAAGCCUCCAGUCCCACGGUGAAAAGGCAGAGUAGUGGAAGGGAGGGAAAGAAGACCAAGUAAAGGGGACGAUGUUGAAUGAGAUGCUUGGAACGUGGGAAAGAUGUCUUUGCCAUCGCAUUGAGCGCUGUAACAUUCUUGCAAACUUUGCUGCAACCACCUGGAUAUUUCUGUGAGUCGAUCAAGUACUUUCAGGAAUAUGAGCUCAUAGGCGAUAGCUUCAAUGUAAAUCAACGUUAUUCUCGUUAGUUUCGCUUCGCAUGCCGCCAUGUGACGAGGGUGGGGGGCGGCGCCUUUAUGGCUUUUCUAGUUUCGAACGUGCUGAAGCCCCAUAUACUCUAUACUCGAGCAUCCCCUUGUUGGAACAAUCGAUGCAUUGGACGGGGUUGACGGCUAGACAUG